AGAAGUGCUCUGUACAGCAGCAACAGAAGUACAAACAGCCUGAGAACCCAAGCCACAGCGUCACUUCUGAUGACCUGUGGAUGAGGACCUUUUUUUCCUGACAUGCCUGUGAAAGGUAUCCUAUCCCAGGCAGUGUACAGCCAGCCAUGGAGCAGCAGGCCAGGAUACUGAGGAUCCUCCUGGCUCAGCUGGAGAGACUAGAGGCUGUGGACAAGGGAGCACCGAAUGGAAUUGUUGGGGAAUUUGCGAGGUUGAAAAGCCAGUCAACUAAGUACCGCACUGACAAGACCUACCCCACCAAAACAGCAGAAAAGCAGGAAAACGUCAAGAAGAACCGAUACAAGGACAUUGUUCCCUUUGACCACAGCAGAGUAAGGCUCAUACUCAACACCUCUAAAAAUGACACGGACUACAUCAACGCCAGUUUCAUCAAGGGAGUGUCAGGUUCCAGGGCCUACAUUGCUACUCAGGGUCCUCUUCCCCACACAGUACUGGACUACUUGAGGAUGCUUUGGGAGUACAACAUAAAGGUCGUAGUGAUGGCCUGUCGAGAAUUUGAGAUGGGAAAGAAAAAGUGUGAGCGCUACUGGCCCGAGAAACAAGAGGAACCGUUUGUUUGUGAGCCGUUUACAGUUUACUGUGAUUCCGAGGAAAGUAAAGGAGACUAUCUGACGAGGACGCUAAGGAUGACUUAUCACAACUGUAGCCGUACUUUGAAGCAGCUGCAUUAUGUCAACUGGCCAGAUCACGGUGUACCAGACUCCAUCCCUCCCAUUUUGUGCAUGUUGCAAGAGAUGCGUUCCUAUCAAGCCCAUGAUGACGUCCCUAUCUGCAUCCACUGCAGUGCUGGAUGUGGUAGAACAGGAGCCUUAUGUGCCAUUGAUUAUACUUGGAAUCUCCUGAAUAAACACAUGAUCCCUCCAGAUUUCAGUAUCUACGACUUAGUUCAAAACAUGAGAACCCAGAGGCCCUCAGUGGUUCAAACCAAGGAACAAUACGAUCUGGUCUACAGAACUAUCAAGUUACUGUUUGAGAGAUAUUUGCAGCCCAUGGAUAUGAAGACUUGCAGAAAUGAGGUGACAAUGGUACCAACUGCUAUCAUGCCUAACUGUGAAAGCAAGUUCUCUGACUUGAGAGAGGAGUUGGACUUGGAACCACAGUUCCAGCACCUGCUUGAUGAGGAAAGGGAUGUCUUACCACAAAACCACACACCGUUGCCCUCUGCGUUACACAGUCUCAUUGCCCUCUCAAAAGCAAGGGACAAGCAGAGGGACCAGCAACAAUGGGAUCUGCACUGGAGCCUUCCCGAGGUUCUGGCCACCACUCAGAACCUGCAGGAUGGACCAACAACCUCACCUAAACUGGUGCAUACUAGCCAGAAAGCAACUGGGGUAGAGGAGGGGAUACAGGGUGAUGAUAUACCGUCAUUGGAUCCUCCACCUUCAACAGCUGUGGCAGAAGCCCUGUGUCUGAUGGUGGAGGACCCGUACUUUGACACCCCGUUUAGCUCCCCUUCAUCAGACGAGGCAUCAGUGGACUGCGCUGAAGACACCAAACAAUGGACGGCUGGCCCUGCCCUCAGCAUGCCUUCAUUGUCUUUGAAUGACCAGACCCUGGAUCUAAACUCUACAUCUGGUACUGUUGAAGCUCAUACUGAUGAGGAAGCUCCUCCUCCGGUGCCUGAACGAACCCCUGAAUCUUAUGUACUGGCUGUUGAUACAGAUCCCAGUGAAAUUUUAACGGUCAUCAUUCCAACUAAUGCUGCUGCAGAGGCUGUCAAGCAGUUGGGAGUUGAGAGAACAUUCAGUGGCCCCCCCUCACCUGUCCCCCCACUUCCAGAGAGAACCCCAGAAUCAUUUGAGUUGGCUAUUAAUGAAGCUUCUGUGGAGCAGAAGUUCGCGGUCACACAGGAAGUGCACCUGAACAGAAUAGGAAUGUCUUCAGAAUGGUCUGGUAACUCAAUGCCAGCUUCCUCUGCAGAUGAAAACGAAACGAAACCUUGGUUGAGGAGUAAGAGUCUAAAAGCAACAAUGACCUUUACAGUACCAGUAACACAUCCUGAUCUUGCAUUAGAUACGACUUCAGACCUCAAUCUACACUGCCCAUCUCUAGACCCAUUCACUCCUUCGCCACUUCCUCAAAGUGAAGAGAGUCUGACUCCUCCCCUUCCUGACAGAACCCCAGAGUCCUUCAUCCUAACCACAGUGGAGAAUCACCAGAGCACUGCGCUAGGCCCACCACCCUUACAAACAACACAGCCCUCAUCAAGGGUAGGUACUUCAUCUGAGUGGGACGGUACCUCUCAGCCCAAGAAAUUCCUUGAUGUUGUCAUGAGCAGGAGCAAGAGUGUUCGGGCUAAAAUUUCAAAACCAGAGCCCCUUUCAGCAGUUUGUCAGCUAGCUCCACCUCCUGUGGUCGCAGCUGGAGGAGGAAGUGUGGGACAUCAAGAUCUGAACCGCAGGGCCUCCUUGAACGCAGAGCCAUCCGGAAACAAAUCAGACAAAAAUAACGACAAGUCCAUGUCUCGAACAAGGAGCCUGAAAUUUUUCAGAAAUAAACAAAAAACUAAAAUUGGCCCUCCACUAACUCCUGCUCCAUCUGAAACACCACCUUCAUCAUACGGUGCCGCAUCGUCAGUGUUCAGAUUUGGAUUUGGGAACCGGUUUGGAAGACCAAAAGGCCCCAGGAAUUAUCCAGAUACCUGGUUUUGAGUCAGUCACGCCUCUCAAAACUUCAAAAGUGGAGCUUCUCUUCUAAUGAGGAUCGUGCAUCGCUUAGACAGUUGGGAGUUCGAAAAAAGCACUGAAACCCAACUUCUCUUUGUCUCAGGACUAAAUGACAAUCCUCAACCUCAGCACAGAAUAGGACGUGUCUUCUUAGUAGCUUUGAUGCUUUUUUGCACUGUAUAUCAACUUCGGUUCAUUUUUACAUAUUGAUCAAUGCCUCAUUGAACAACACAGACAGUUAGUCAAAAACUCAGGAAAGCCAAUGUUUUAAAUAAUAUGCUUGAAGAAUUCAGCAGUAUGCAGUGAGAAGUUUUACACUUCUUGGUUUAAUGCUCUAAGCAAUGCUGUUAAACUUGAUGUAUGAUGAAA